AUGGCAAUGCAGCUUGAUCUCUCCCAAGCCUCGGUUCUCAAGGAUGAGCAGGGACGUCCAUUCAUUGUCGUUCGCGAUCAAGGAAGGAAGAAGAGAGUCCACGGAAAUGACGCUGUGAAGGCACACAUUGUGGCGGCGAAGACAGUGGCCAACAUCGUCAAGACUUCUCUGGGUCCCCGUGGCUUGGACAAAAUUCUGAUUUCCCCCGAUGGCGAUAUCACAGUCACCAACGACGGUGCCACUAUUCUUGGCCAGAUGGAAAUCACCAACAAUGUUGCCAAGUUGCUCGUUGAACUCUCAAAAUCGCAGGAUGAGGAAAUCGGUGACGGUACAACUGGUGUCGUGGUAUUGGCAGCAGCUAUGCUGGAGCAAGCUUCGGGAUUAAUCGAUAAGGGUAUUCACCCUAUUCGGAUAGCCGAUGGUUAUGAUCAGGCUUGUGAGAUUGCCACUGAACAGCUUGACAAGAUCAGUGACGAGAUUACCUUCUCUCCUGAGAAUACCACCAACCUGCUCAAGGUUGCUAAGACCAGCUUGGGCAGCAAGAUUGUGUCCAAGUCUCACGAUCAAUUCGCCAAGAUUGCUAUCGAUGCAGUGCUCUCGGUUGCGGAUCUCGAGCGUAAGGAUGUUGAUUUCGAACUGAUCAAGGUUGACGGCAAGGUUGGAGGUUCUCUCGAAGACUCUCUGCUUGUUAAGGGUGUUAUCAUCGACAAGGACUUCUCUCACCCCCAGAUGCCCGACGAGGUCCUAGAUGCCAAGAUGGCCAUCUUGACCUGCCCAUUCGAGCCCCCGAAGCCCAAGACCAAGCACAAGCUUGACAUCACCUCCGUCGAGGAGUUCAAGAAGCUCCAGGACUAUGAAAAGAACAAGUUCACUGAGAUGAUCCAACAGCUUAAGGAUUCCGGAGCCAACCUGGUUAUCUGCCAGUGGGGUUUCGAUGAUGAGGCCAACCACUUGCUCCUCCAGAACAAACUCCCGGCCGUCCGGUGGGUUGGUGGUCCCGAAAUUGAGCUGAUUGCUAUCGCUACUAACGGCCGCAUUGUGCCGCGUUUCGAAGAUUUGACUGCUGAGAAGCUCGGUACCGCCGGUCGUGUGCGUGAGAUGACCUUCGGCACUACAAGAGAGAAGAUGUUGGUCAUUGAGGAGUGUGCUAACAGCCGUGCUGUCACGAUUUUCGUCCGUGGUAGCAACAAGAUGAUUAUCGAUGAGGCCAAGCGAUCACUACACGACGCCUUGUGUGUUGUCCGCAACUUGGUUCGUGACAACCGUGUGGUCUACGGUGGUGGUGCUGCUGAGAUUGCUUGCUCCAUUGCCGUUGAAGAUGCUGCUGCCAAGAGCCCCGGCAUUGAACAAUAUGCCAUGCGUGCAUUUGCCGAUGCACUGGACACUGUCCCAAUGACUCUGGCUGAGAACUCGGGUCUGAGCCCUAUUGAGACUCUUGCCUCUAUCAAGUCGCGCCAGGUUAAGGAAAACAACUCUCGCCUAGGUGUUGACUGCAUGCAGACCGGUAGCAAUGACAUGAGAGAGCACUUUGCCAUUGACCCCUUGAUCGGCAAGCGCCAGCAGCUUCUGCUUGCCACUCAGCUCUGCCGCAUGGUUCUUAAGAUCAACACUGUCAUCAUCGCCGGAGAUGAAGAGGCAGAAUUUUAG